GUGUAGUUCUUUAGUACACUGUAACAUUUUAACGAAAUGAUCAACUGUUCCAUUUUGCUUGAGUAUAGGAAAAGGGAAGCAUAUAAAACCGACGUAUCAAAGAGACUUUGGCAAGUGCGCUAGCGAGUCGGUAGUCAAGUUUAUAUUUGUGACACUUUUAAGCCACAAAAAUGCCACACUCGUACCGCUCGUAUUUUGACCUGUUAAUGCCGAAUGAGAUGUUUUGUGUGUGUGCCAUUGAGUCUUCUAAAAGCGUACUUAACGGAGACCAUUUCCUCUGUGAACGCCAAGCUACGCUGAGAGCGGAGGUGAGGGUGGGUUGCAGCAGCGCAUCAUCAUCAUCAUCAUCAUCAUCAGGACCACCCGAGGAGCCAACAGCAACCAGCCGCGUCGACAGCCCAUCUGUAGCAUCAACAUGGCACAUUCCACCGAGGGGACCAAAGACCGGAGAGGAAGCGAAAGUGGUGCAGCUGGAGGUAACUUAAUGGAGAACGGCACGGUCCACUCAGACAACCAUAACCACCACCAUGAGCACAGCAAGCCCCCCCUCAUCCAGCACUCCCUGCACUAUGGCAACCCCCAGCAGGGAUCCGAUGAGCAGGACCUGGACCAACACAGCCUAGCCUCCCAGGACUCUGGCAUCCCUACCCUGGAGAUCAACCACCCCGAGCACAUCCACGCCCAACCAGGAGACUGUGGCCUUACCCUGGGUUCCAACCACAACGACCAGGGCCCUGCUACCCUCUCUCUAGACGAGUCUGGAGACAGCGCUGGCCUCCGCAAGUCCUCCACCUUCCCCCGCAGUGGCUAUGACUCGGUGCGCCUCUUCAGCCCCGCCCCAAGGUCCGGCGCUGGCGGCGUGGGAGUCGUCACCACGGGGAUGGGCGGCGUAGGAGGGGGAAACCUUAACCGCAGUGACGACAUUUCGGUGUGCAGCGUGUCGAGCUUGAGCACGGAGCUCUCAGCCACGCUGUCUGCGUCCAACGAGGACAUCCCGGACUUCAUGGUCACCUCCGACUCUAGCGCCAUCGUCACCCUGGAGACGGACGAGGGCGACGCCGCUCAAUUCUCGGACGUCACUCUGUCGUCGUCGCCGGGCGGUGACAUUGGAGGGGAUCUGUGGAGCCCACGAGGGAGACAGCUGGGGUCAGAGGAGGGCAGGCCCAAGAGGCUGGGGCCACUGGCUAGCUUCUUCAACAGGAGUCUGUUUGCUAAGAAAGUGAAGGACACUGUGCCAGUGGAGCAGAAGGACACAGGCUGGAAGCUGUUUGGUAGGGUCCCCCCUAGAGAUGGCUUGGUGAAGGACCCCCAGAAAAUAGACAAGGAAUAUGAAAGUAAGACUAGCAGAGCUGGACCUGGACACAGUCCCCCGUCUCCUAGACAGAGUGUCAGGAAGAACCUGGACUUUGAGCCCAACUCCACCACAGCACUUAUACUGGAGGCUCGCCCUGCUAAUCUGCCAGCCAAGCCUGCGGAGGAGGCCCAGAAACACAGACAACAGUAUGAGGAGAUGGUGGCCCAGGCCAAGAAAAGAGAGCUCAAGGAGGCCCAGAAGAGGAGGAAGCAGCUGGAGCUCAGGUGUAAGGUGGAAGAGAGCAUUGGCAACGCCGCCCAGACCUGGAACCAGGAGAUUUUACCCAACUGGAGCACCAUGUGUAACUCUCGGCGGGUCAGGGACCUCUGGUGGCAGGGCGUGCCCCCUAGUGUCAGGGGCAAGGUCUGGAGCCUGGCGGUGGGCAACGAGCUCAACAUCACUCACGAGCUGUACAACAUCUGUCUGGCCAGGGCCAGGGACAAGUGGAAGUCUAUGCCUACAGAACCAGUGACUGAAGAUGCAGGUUCAUCUCUGGCGGACAGAGAGGCCAGUCUGGAGCUGAUCAAGCUGGACAUCUCCAGAACAUUUCCCCAUCUCUGUAUCUUCCAACAGGGAGGUCCGUACUACGACGUGCUGCACAGCAUUCUAGGAGCAUACACCUGCUAUAGGCCAGACGUGGGCUACGUUCAGGGUAUGUCGUUCAUCGCGGCGGUGCUGAUCCUCAACCUGGACACGGCAGACGCCUUCAUAGCUUUCGCCAACCUGUUGAACAAGCCCUGUCAGAUGGCCUUCUUCAGAGUGGACCACAGCCUUAUGUUGACCUACUUUUCGGCUUUUGAAGUGUUCUUUGAUGAAAACCUACCUAAGCUGUUUGCACAUUUCAAGGAAAACAACUUGACCCCUGAUAUUUAUUUAAUCGACUGGAUCUUCACCCUGUACAGUAAGUCACUGCCGUUGGACCUGGCGUGUCGGGUGUGGGAUGUGUUCUGUCGUGACGGAGAUGAGUUCCUGUUCCGGGUGGCCCUGGGAAUCCUGCGCCUGUACGAGGACGUGUUGACCCGCAUGGACUUCAUCCACAACGCCCAGUUCCUCACCCGCUUACCCGAUCACAUCCCCCCCGAUCAGCUGUUCUCGCACAUCCACGCUGUCCACAUGACCAGCAAGAACAGGAAAUGGGCACAGGUUCUUCAGGCCUUACAGAAGGAGCAGUCCAGUCCUAAAGCGCUGAGUACAACGGUCAUCCAGGAGCAAAACAACAGACAAUAGCUCAUUCUCCAACCCAGUACUCUACCUGACCCCAUGAAACACUGGACCCGGGCCAGGCUGUGUGAGGGAGCUGCCCUCCCUGGGACGGAGCUACCCCAGGCUCAGAGCGCUCUGGGCUGGGGACAAUCAGCCACUGUGGUCCCCCUAGAUGUGAGUCACGGAGCAGAGACCCUGGAGGUCUGGAACAGACUGGGGUGAGGGGUGACUAGGCCUUUUUAUACAUGCUGUGCCCCCUGUCCCAGAAUGAAACCAGGCAGAAAGAUGCUCUCGAAUGUACUGUAUUCUGCCACAUGUCUAUAGCAGGAAUACUAGUUACCCAACUGGACCUGCUCUCUUUCUCACUCCUCUUUAGAACUUUCCACUAUUUUCUCUCUCUCUCCUACGUCUCUCUCUCCUACGUCUCUCUCUCCUACGUCUCUCUCUCCUACGUCUCUCUCUCCUACGUCUCUCUCUCCUACGUCUCUCUCUCCUACGUCUCUCUCUCCUACGUCUCUCUCUCCUCGUCUCUCUCUCCUACGUCUCUCUCUCCUACGUCUCUCUCUCCUACGUCUCUCUCUCCUACGUCUCUCUCUCCUACGUCUCUCUCUCCUACGUCUCUCUCUCCUACGUCUCUCUCUCCUACGUCUCUCUCUCCUACGUCUCUCUCUCCUACGUCUCUCUCUCCUACGUCUCUCUCUCCUAUCCCUCUCUCUCUCUCUCUUCUACCUCUACUCCAAACCUCUGUUGUCAUUGGUCAUUCCUGCAAGUCAGCUGCGAUUUUUAUCAUUAGCCUUUUUUGUUUUGUUUGGACUGAUGUGUUUUUAAUUUGUUUGCUGAAUCCUAGUUGGUUCCAUUUGUUUGUUAUUUGUUUCUGUACCAUUCCAUGAAGGAAAGGCUCCCAAGGAGAAGACGUGGGUGUUUGUUGAUCUGGGGAGAAUGGUUCAUUGACUUGAAAGGAGGGCGUAGUCAAUGAAUUUGUAUUCUUAUCAAGAUUCAACUGAAAUACAACAGAUGUAAUUGUUGUUGUGUUGUGCCGUUAAAGAUUCACUUCUUAAAUACAUGUUUUACUAACCCUCUUCAAGAGGAAAUGAGCUGCCUGGAAAAAGGAAUGAGGUGAUAUUUAAUGUCUUCUACAUCCCCUAAGGUGGUAUAAAGUGGAACAGCUAAGGUGGAUUAGGAGAAUCAAUAUACUACAGUAUAUCACCUGCCUCCUUUUUCCUGUUUUCUGCACAUUUCAUUUUUCAUGGUAAUGAAUUUCUGUUGUCUUUGUUUCUCAUUUAAGUGUCAUCUCUUAGUAUGGAGACAAUCUCUUUAUUUGUCGUUACGUUAUAAUGAAGAAAAACUGGUUAUUCUAACACAACAAACCUCACUGGUAUCGUCCCAUUUGAUAUAAUCCACUUCAGUCACCCCCCCCCAACCCAUGUGUACCGGUUUGAUUGAGAAGCUGCUUAGAAGACUCCAGAAAGGAAAACAGAUUGUUGAUGAUUUUAUGGGUGAAGCAUUGCUGCCCUGUUGUCCUCAGUAUGCCCUUUCCCUAUUGGAUGUGCUCACUUAGUAAGUGCUGUAACCCAAUCAGAAGCUGUCUUACUUCAUGGUGAUGAGCAUUUGUUAAUGUAGAUAAAGGACCUGAGUCAUGUUUGCUCAGGUUUUCAUGUUUCUGAACACACCAGCCUUGGUUUAGAUGUGUGGGAUGGGAGGGUGUCGUUCAGAAAGAGGCUUUGGUUUGGUGUUCAGUUCACAGAUUCUACUACUUCUUUCAUGUCUGCCGGCCACCAUCACCUGCCAAAAAGAGAACUCCUCAGUAGAUGAUCCUGAAUGUGAGGCUCGUUUCAAAUGUAGGUACCGUACUAAACCCUCCAUACUCCAGAGCCCCCAAGCAUUUAGUGACCCCUAUGGCUGUUUGAAACACUUCAAAGUGCAUAUUGAGAAGUGGGCGAUAUUCAGCCAGCCAUAGCAACAGGAUGUCAGACAAUCCCCCCCCCCUCGUCGUUUCACCUCCUCACCCCCCUGUGCACAUAGACAUUCUGAUCACGUUAUGAAGACAGACGCACUCCUUCCCCUGCUCUGCCUAUGUGGUGAAUACCACAGUACUGCAAUAAAGCAUUCUGCACAAUCAUGUUCCUUUUGUUUGUCACCAUCUGUAGUUUCACACCGUUUUUUUUUUGUCUUGAGUACAUUCUCUCACUAUAUUGGUGUCCCUCACAUCUGAUUGAGGACCCUUGUGUGUGUGUUGUAUGUGAUUUGAAGUGACAUUUCUAAAGGACAAAAAGACAUCCCCUGUUAGUGACUGUGUGAAUGUUACAGGGUUGAGGCAUGUGUGUCCGACAUGGCCUUACCCAGCCACAAUAAUCAAUCAGUAAGAACUACUGGAAGUAGACACCCCUUAAUCACAGAAGUGCAUCCUGGGAAGAAUAAAUGACUGUCAUUGGUCUGUUGUAGAUCCAUUAAAUGUAAUAAUGAAGGCCAUAUGAUAUCUUUCCACGUUAUCUCAUUUUCUUUAAGCUUUGUAUUGUCAGUUUGAUUGUCUCAUUGUUUUUAUAUGUGACAUGUCCAAGUAACCCUUUCUGGUUGUAGAGAACUGGAGUGGAACAUGGGUGGGAGGGCAGCAGGGUCAAAAAUGGAACUGGAAGUGUACAAUCACUUGAAGUGUACACUGAGUACACCUAAUUUUUGAAUUUCUCCCCGUUUCCCUCAGAACAGCCUCAGUUCGUCGGAGUGUCAAGCUUUCCACAGGGAUGCUGGCCCAUGUCGACUCCAAUACCUCCCACAGUUUUUCCGAGUUGUCAGGAUGUCCUUUGGGUGGUGGAACAUUCUUGAUACACACAGGAAACUGUUGAGCGUGACAAACCCAGCAGUGUUGCAGUUCUUGACACAAAGCGGUGUGCCUGGCACCUAUUACCUAUUACCAUACCCCGUUCAAGGGCACUUAAAUAUUGUGUCUUGCCCAUUCACCCUCUGAAUGGCACACAUACACAAUCCAUGUCUCAAGGCUUAAAAUGCUUCUUUAACCUGUCUCCUCCCCUUCAUCUACACUGAUUUAAAUGGAUUUAACAAGUGACAUCAAUAAGGGAUAAUAGCUUUCACCUGGUCAGUCUGUCAUGGAAGGAGCAGGUGUUCUUAAUGUUUUGUAUACUCAGUGUAUAGCUACUGUUUUAUUAAAUAAAGAUGUGUACAUAUACAACUUGA